AUGCCAAAGGAAAAGGCUCCCAAGCGUGCUGCCAAGAAGACUGAGAAGAAGAAGAAGGAUCCCAACGCACCAAAGCGUGGUCUUUCUGCAUACAUGUUCUUCGCCAACGAACAACGUGAUAACGUUCGUGAGGAGAACCCCGGAAUCUCUUUCGGUCAAGUCGGAAAGGUUCUCGGUGAACGCUGGAAGGCUUUGAACGAGAAGCAAAGAACUCCUUACGAGGAGUCUGCUGCCAAAGAUAAGAAACGUUACGAAGAGGAGAAGGCCAAUUACAACGUAAGUCUUACAGCCGAUGCUGAGGAGGAAGAGUCUUCUUAG